GCCACAUUGCACACAUAAACAACAAUUGAUUUUUCGCCAGCAAAAAUGUCUCUCGCUGCGAAAAAAGUUGCUGAGGGCGAGGAACUUGUACGCACCGCGGAGAAAAGCCUAAAAACAUCACUAUUAAAAUGGGUGCCAGACUACGACAGUGCAGCGGAUGAGUACUCCAAGGCGGCAACUGCGUUUCGGAUAGCAAAGUCAUUUGACAAGAGCAAGGAAUGUUUUCUCAAAGCAAUCGAGUGCUACAAGAAUAACAAAUCGUGGUUCCAUGCGGCCAAGUCAUACGAGCAGAUCAUCUUGUUGUGCAAGGAAACGGAUAAAUUAAAUGACGUGGAAGAAUAUGCCAACAAGGCAUGCAGUCUGUAUCAGCAGCAUGGUUCACCUGAGGCAGCUGCCUCAGCAUUGGACAAGGCAGCCAAAUUGGCCGAAUCAAAGAAUCCGGAAAUGGCUCUGCGUUUCUAUCAGCAUGCAGUAGAGGUCAUACUUAUUGAGGAUUCGACACGGCAAGCUGCCGAGUUCUCUUCAAAGGUAUCCCGAUUGUUGGUAAAGCUCAAGCGUUACGAAGAGGCAACAAAUGCGCUGAAAAAGGAAAUCGGUUUGAAUCAGCAAACCGAAUCGUAUGGACAAAUUGGACGGUUAGUUGUAGCGCUUGUGCUCGUCCAAUUGGCGCGCGGUGACUCUGUGGAGGCGGAAAAAUCUUUCAAGGAAUGGGGCAAUUGCUGUGAGCCCGAGGAGGUGUCAACACUGCAAACACUGCUGCAAGCAUUUGAUGAUGAGGAUCCCGAACUUGCUGCCAGAAUGUUGGCAUCGCCGUUCAUUCGACACAUGGACGUUGAAUACGCCAUUCUCUCGAAGAACAUUCCAUUGCCCAAAGGCUUAGAGAUUGAGAAGAAAGCCGAUGUCGAGACUAGCGGUGGUACCGCAAGACAGGAGGAAGAGGACGAGGGCGAGGGUUUGUGUUGAAAUGCCGUCUCAAAUUGUUAUUUAACUACUCUAAUCUAAUCACAUAAUUAAUCAAUUAAUGCAAUUUACAAUGUAAUUGUUAAUAUAAUAUAUACUUAAUAAAAUGCUGUUUAUUGUCUUCACCUUACACAA